AUGAGGUACUAAAGAGUAUAAUUAUUCCUUGCUCAAAUCAAAAGAAAGGAAAGAAAGAAAGAAGAAAAGAAAGAAAAAAAAUAAAAAUAAAAUACAAAUAAAUAAAAUAAUCAUCAAAAAGCUAAACUAAUGAUAUCUAAGUUCUUCAAUCCUGUUGCUGGUAAGACCUUCAACAGACUUAACAAGUAUGCCUUCUCUUCAGUCACUAUUAACCUUGAAGGAUACUAGACUAAGAUGUUAGACGGAUUCAAAUUGCCCACCUAAUCAACUGCUACCAAGGAAGAAUUAUUGAAGCUCUACAAAGAUAUGAACGUUAUGAGAAAGAUCGAACUUGCAUGCGAUAAGCUUUAUAAGCAAAGAGAAAUUAGAGGUUUCUGCCAUCUCUACGACGGUUAAGAAGCUGUUAUCUCAGGUAUUGAAGCUGCUUGCAAUCUUGAGGAUGCAAUAAUCACUGCCUAUAGAUGCCAUUGUCACGCUUACACAAGAGGUGACACUCCCCAUUAAAUUAUUGCUGAACUUAUGGGAAGAAAGACUGGUUCUACAGGUGGUAAGGGUGGUUCUAUGCACUUCUACAGAAAGAAAACUCACUUCUAUGGUGGUCACGGUAUUGUCGGUGCUCAAGUUCCCAUGGGUGCUGGAUUAGCCUUUGCUUUGAAAUAUGAAAAGAAGCCCAACGUUUCUAUCACUAUGUACGGUGACGGUGCUGCCAAUCAAGGUUAAAUUGCUGAAGCUGCCAACAUGGCUGGUUUAUGGAAUUUACCAUGCUUGUUUGUUUGUGAAAACAAUCUUUACGGUAUGGGUACCUCUACUGCAAGAGCUUCUCACAAUACUGAUUUCUACACCAGAGGUGACAAGAUUCCUGGUAUCAGAAUGGACGGUAAUAACUAUUUCCAUGUUAAGGAAGGUUUCAAGUUUGCUAAGCAAUAUGCCUUAGAACAUGGUCCUCUCUUCAUUGAAUUGAGAACUUACAGAUAUCACGGUCACUCUAUGUCUGACUCCGGUACUACUUAUAGAACUCAAGAAGAAAUCAAAGAAUUCAGAUAAAAGAAGGAUUGCAUAUAAUUUAUUGCUAAUACCAUUUUAUAAAAUAACUUUGCUACUCAAGAAUAACUCGAAGCUAUCCAAGAUGAAACUAGAGAAAUUGUUGAUAAAGCCGUUGAACAAGCUCUUAAAGACCCAUUACCUGAUGAUCACGAAUUGUGCACCGAUGUUUACAUUAACAACGAUAAAUACUACAUCAGAGGUAUUGAAUACGAAUAAGGUUACUUCCCUGAAGGCAAGCCCUACUGA